UCCCCCCGCAGGUGUACCAGGUGGCCUACGUGAUCGUGAAGAGCGCCGUGUCUCCUCGUCCGGGCAACUGGAUCCUUGAGCGCUCUCUGGACGGCCGUCGCUUCGAGCCCUGGCAGUACUACGCUCUCUCCGACGCCGAGUGCCUGGCCUUCUACGGCGUGCAGCCCACCCGCGGACGCCCCUCGUACGCCACCGACACGCAGGUCAUCUGUACCUCCUACUUCUCCAGGCUGAACCCACUCGAGGGCGGCGAGGUCCACACCUCCCUCGUGAACGGCCGCCCGGGCUCCGCCGGACCCUCAGAGGCCCUCAGGCAGUUCACGGAGGCUCGCUACGUCCGCCUGCGCCUCCAGAAGAUCCGCACGCUCCACGGGGACCUCCAGGGGCGCUCCUCGCAGUCAGACGCCUCCGUCACCAAGCGGUAUUUCUACUCCAUCAAGGACAUCAGCAUCGGCGGGCGGUGCGUGUGCCACGGACACGCCGACAACUGCAUUUCCGACGACGCGGAUGGGAAGCUGGCUCGAUGCUCCUGCGUCCACAACACCUGCGGCGACAACUGCGACUCGUGCUGCCCCCUGUACAACCAGCAGCCGUGGCGCGCCGGCAACUUCAGCGACGGGGGCGUGUGCGAGAAGUGCCAGUGCCACGGACACGCCCAGGCCUGUCGCUAUGACGAGGAGGUCGCUAGGCAGAGGCUGUCGCUUAACAUGAGGGGCGAGUACGAGGGCGGCGGCGUCUGCCUGGACUGCGAGCACAACACCGAGGGCGUGAACUGCGAGAGGUGUCAGGCAGGCUUCUACAGGCCGCAGGGCGUGGCCGCGGACGCCCCUCGCCCGUGCCUGCCGUGUGACUGCUCGGGCCCGGGCACGUCGGGGCGGUGCGUGCAGGACGACACGCAGUUCAACCUCGGCCUCUUCCCCGGCGCCUGCAUCUGCAAGGAGGGCUUCGCGGGACCUCGCUGUGACCGCUGUGCCAAGGGUUAUCGCCGCUACCCUGCCUGUGAACCCUGCCCGUGCGACAGAGCAGGGUCGGUCAACGAGGAAUGUGACGGCGAGUGCAUUUGCAAGGCGAACGUGCGGGGCCCGCGCUGCGACACCUGCGCCCCCGGACACUUCCACCUGGACGCCCACAACCCCGUCGGCUGCACGCCCUGCUACUGCAACGGCGCCACGAACUCCUGCGGUGCGGCGGCGCUGGCGGUCUACACGGUGGUGCAGCACGAGAACUGGCGCGUGACGGACCUCUCGAGGAAGCGCGUGGUGGCGGCGGCGCGCGAGGGAACCGACGUCCACAUCGCCCACGACGAUAUGGGCUUCUUCGAGGCCUACUACUGGCUCGCCCCGCAGGAGUACCUGGGCAGGAGGAUGACCUCCUACGGGCAGACGCUGACGGUGAAGGUGUCUUGGGUCCGCCUCAGAGGAGACACCUCCGGAAGGCCCACGCGCUGCCCUGACGUCAUUAUCGAGGGCGCCGGAUACCGCAUAGCCUACGGGGACAACGCGCACAGAGGCCGAAAAGCCACGCUGGAAAUCCCUUUCUACGAGCACGACUGGUUCCACUUCCCGAAGGACAUCACUGACAUCACCUCGAAGACCCAGUCGAAGUCCUACCGCGGGGAGGCCGUCACCAGGAGGCAGAUGAUGGAGAUCCUGAGUUCGAUGGAGAGCCUCAUGAUCCGAGCUCGAUACCACACCGUGCAGGUCGAGGGCGUCCUUCACGACGUCAUCCUUGAGUACGGCAAGGAGGGCACGGCGACCCUCGUGACGGGGGCCGUGGAGAGGUGCAACUGUCCCCCGGGGUAUUCCGGCCUCUCCUGCGAGUCGUGCGAGCCUGGGUAUCGGCGCGUCAACAACACCAUCUUCGGCGGCGAGUGCAGGAAGUGCGAAUGCAACGGCCACGUGGAUGCGUGCGACCCCUUCACGGGCGCCUGCGGGGAGUGCCAACACAACACCGUGGGCGUGCACUGCGAGCGCUGCAAGGCCGGCUACUUCGGCGACCCCGCCCGUGGCACGCCCGACGCAUGCCAGCCGUGCGCGUGCCCCCUGGCCCUCGGUGCCAACCACUUCACGCCCCGCUGCGUGCCCGACCUGGACCUCGGCGGGUACAAGUGCCAGUGCCCCGCCGGGUACGAGGGCCCCAGAUGCGAGACCUGCGCCGACGGGUACUUUGGCAACCCGCUGGUGCCCGGCAACUUCUGCCAGCCGUGCGAGUGCAACGGCAACUUGGACUUCCGCCAGACGAAUAACUGUGACCGGCAGACGGGCGAGUGCCUCAAGUGCGUCGGCAACACGGCGGGCUGGCACUGCGAGCGGUGCAAGGAAAACCACUACGGGGAUCCCAAGAGGGGCCAGUGCAUCAGGUGCGGGUGCCACCCCAGGGGCUCCGCGGCGGGCCAGUGCGACCCCGAGAGCGGCCAGUGCCAGUGCCAGAGCCUCUACACGGGGCGCCAGUGCGACCGGUGUAUCAGCGGCCACGGGGGGGUGAACGAGGGCUGCCCCGCGUGCCAGUGCCACCCCGAAGGCUCCUCGAGUGCCACGUGCGAUCCUUUCACGGGCCAGUGUCCUUGCAAUCCAGGUGUGACCGGCCGGCAUUGCGACAAGUGCCUUCCCGAUCACUAUGGGACGCUGGCAGGAGGCUGUACGAGGUGCGAGUGCGACGAGCGCGGCGCCACCGGCAGCUCGUGCGACAUCGUGACGGGGCAGUGCGAGUGCAAGGGCAAUGUGGUCGGCCGGACGUGCAAUGCGUGCAAGCCGGGGUACUGGGGUCACGUGACCGGCCAAGGGUGCCAGAGGUGCGACUGCGACAGGAAGGGCAGCAUCAGCCCGCAGUGCGACGACGCCACGGGCCAGUGUCGCUGCCGGCCCGGGGUGGGCGGCCCGCGCUGCGACGCCUGCCUGCCCGGCUACUGGGGCUUCUCCAGGCAGGGCUGCAAACCCUGCGACAGGUGCAGCAGUCCCGGCCACUUCUGCGACCCCAACUCAGGGCGCUGCAUCUGCCCCCUGAACACCGCGGGCGACCGAUGCGAGAGGUGCUCCCCCGGAUCCUGGGACUAUGACGCCACGCGCGGCUGCAAGCCCUGCAACUGCUCGGGCGCGGGAGCAAUAACCAGCCAAUGUGACGCCAGAACAGGCCACUGCGUUUGCAAAGAAGGCUACGAAGGCAACCACUGCGGCAAGUGCAAAUUUGGGUUCUUUGGUUACCCUCUCUGUACCCCGUGCAAUUGCGAUAAGGCAGGAACAAACCCGCACAACUGCGAUAGUAAAGGACGUUGUCAGUGUGACGAUAGUGGACAGUGCCCCUGUAAGUCGAAUGUGGAGGGUCGAACAUGUGGUAAGUGUGUGGGAGGGACGUUUGGGCUUUCGGUUGACAAUCCCACGGGUUGCACCAGCUGCUACUGCUUCAGGAGAACGGACCAAUGUACUCAAGCUGACCUCACCUGGUCUCAGCUGAGAACGACGGAACACCGGAUUUUGAACAUCGAGUACCGAAGACCUGGGCAUGGAGAGCGCCCUUUCCGCCCCCCCGUUGUGGUUUAUCGCCCUUGGAACACGCAGGAGAUAUGUUACAUCAAUCUCGCUCUCCCUGGCGAAAGACUCCUGAGCUUUGGCGAAGGGGAGACGAAGCUGAACGUGACCAACCAACUCCACGUCAUCCCAGGCACCGAGGGGAACGUCAAAAUUGGCUCGAACCAGCUUUUCGACGCCCCCUUGUACUGGCAGCUUCCGCGGGAAUUCAUGAGGGACAAGGUCCGCUCAUACAACGGCUACCUGCGAUUCAGAGUGCACAGCGAAGGAGGCAGCAGGAACUUCCCAGAGCAGAUCCUGCAGACGUAUCCCCUGGUGUCUCUGCAAGGGAACUGGCAGCUGGUCCUAGAGUACUACCCUCCCUCGAUCUCUUCUGAUGGGCGCUACGAAGUCAAACUCCACGAAGAUUACUGGCGCCUGAAGAACAAACCGAAGAAAGUGACGCGGGAGAUGAUGAUGAUCGCGCUCCAGAACAUCCAACACAUUUUGAUCCGCGCGACGCAUGCAGCCGACGCCACAACCGCCUCCCUUCACGACGUCACCAUGGACAUCGCUGCCGAAGGGUCGCCGGUGUCCUCGCGCGUGGCUCUGGGCGUCGAGCAGUGCUUCUGCCCCGAGAGCUACUCGGGGACCUCGUGCCAGAACCCGAACAUUGGCUUCUACCGCUGGUACAAGCAGAACCACAUCCAGUCGACCAUCAUCAUCGACCUCGUGGGCGAGUCGAGGCCGUGUCGCUGCAACGGGCGGUCGGAGACGUGCGACUCGGAGACCGGCGUGUGCAAGAACUGCCGAGACAACACCAUGGGUCCUCACUGCGAGGUCUGCGCCACAGGGUACUACGGCAACCCCUCGAGAGGCCUCUGCAAGCCCUGUGCGUGCCCGUCGAGGGAGCAGAAUUUCGCCGAAACGUGCCAGGCGGAUCGCUUAGCCGAGUACAUCUGCCACUGUCGCGUCGGUUACACGGGAGACAAGUGUGAUAGGUGUGACUUCGGCUACUACGGAAGGCCUGCGGAGCCCGGCGGGUCUUGCCAGCCUUGCAAUUGCGAUCCCUUCGGCAGCGUGCACGAGGGUUGCGAUGCCGACGGUCGUUGCACGUGUAAGCCAGGCAUCACCGGCAGGGAUUGCUCGCAGUGCGCUCCUCGUCACGUGACCUCGGAGGCGGGUUGCAUUUCCUGCGAGGACGGAUGCGUAAAUAUCUUACUGGACGAGGUGGAAGACAUGAUUGCGUCCGUGACUUCCAUUGACGUUGAUGGCUACAUCCCCGCUCCCUGGCCCUCCAUUCGACAGAUUCAGAACGUGACCAAACUCCUCCGGACGCAACUCACGCGAUACCACAGCAAUGUCGACAGCUCCCAGGAGAUGGUCAUCAACUUUGACCUGGACUAUUACGCCAGGGACCAGCUGCGGAGGGCGGAAGCACUGGAGAUCUCGGCAAGGGAGACGUACCCACCCACAGCCAAGAUAAAAUCCGAUGCCCAGUUUGUGUUGGAUUUGUUGAGGAAUGUCCAUGACCAGCUCGAAGAGACGAUCGCGUACCUGAAGAACUACGCCAUAGGAGAGACGCCCAGCAUCUCGGUGGGCGGGGCGCUGAUGGAGGCCGAGAAGAUCCUGAAGGAGAUUCAGAUGAGGAACUUCACCCAGUUCGACGAGGAUGCUGAGGUCGAGCUGAGCAAAUCCCGGAGCCUUCUGGAUCGCGUCAUGAAGAUGGUGCAGAAGAUGCCUGUCCUCGGGGCGCUCAGGGACUUAGUCAACGAGAUCAGAGACAAACUGAACGAACUCAGAGAAAGAGUCAAAACUUCCAACGGAAAAGUCGAUGAGACGGCGAUCCUCAACCUGGAGAACCGAGAGAGGCUGGAGAGAGUGAAGAACUUUUCGCUGGAGAUCAAGAACAGAGAACAGAUGCUCCAGAAACAGAACUUCAACGCGACGAGGCAGACCAAGGGCGCCGAGGAGAACCUGCAGCUGGCCAUCUCGAAUUAUGACGACUUGAUACGGAUGCUGGUGGACCUGAGGAACAGCUCGAACUUCCUGGAGGACUUCCACGUCAUGCUCAGGAAGCUCAAUAACGAGUACAGGGAGACGUACGUAAAGAGAGCUCAUGACCACGCCAUGGAGCUCAUGAGGGUUGCCAUUAGGCUGCAGAGCUUGUUCAACAAGACGCGCGAUGUCGCCGACGGCCCGCUGAGAGCAGCGCAGGCCUACCAGAGGAUCGUGGACGCCCUGCUCAGCGCUCGGGAGGCCGCCAGGAACGCCUCGCACGCCGCCGAGACAGCAUACACGGUGGCUUACCCCGGCGACCCCGAGAACUCCCUGGUUCGUCGAGCCUCCUUAUCCUUCGACAAAUCCGGAGGCCUACGCACCAAGGGCGAAGGCCUCCGCUCGACGGUGGGGCGGCAGGCGAUCGACUUGGAGAACCAUAAGGAGGCGCUGAAGAGGACGAGCAGCGACCUCGUCAAGACGGACGAGCGGCUGAUUGCGCUCAACGCCAUCUGGAUUCGCAGAUUACGUCAGGUGCGGAUUGAGGGGUUGUGCAUAUCCUCAGACAUCCACAGAUCCCUGGAGAGAAUUGCCACGGCGCAUGACAACGUGCAGAACACCUUCGACCGCGUGACGGCAAUCCAUGGCAACCUGACCAUCAUCCGAGAGCGCGCUUUGGAGCUCAACCGGAUUGACACGUCGCUGCUCAAUGAAGUUCGGGACACGAUAACGAGAGGCGAAAGCACGACCAUGAAGGGAGUCCGGUUGUCGUCGAACCUGCAGAAGACAGUCGCCCGGAUCGAGAACCGGUUCACGGAUCUCAGCGACAGGAUCGAAGCCCUUAAACGCAAGAUCAAGCAGACCAGACAAUAUGCUUCGUCGAUUCGUGUCUCACUGACGACCAAUUCAUCUGGAAUUUGUACGAGGAAAUACAAACCAGCGUUACAGCCGUCAACAACAACGAAUAUUGUACUGAGUUAUGCCAUUCAGGAAAGGACUGUGAAGAAUGCCCUUCUGCUGUACCUGGGAUCGCAUAACUCGAGUGACUUCAUGGCCGUGGAGAUGGUCAACCGCAAGAUCGAGUUCAUUUGGGACGCCGGAGGAGGAACCAGGAGAAUCGUGCAUCCCCUGAGACUCUUGACUAACGACCAGCAGGUCACCGACGACACGAAAUGGUACCACAUUAGCAUCAACAGGAUCGGAAAUAUAGGUCAGCUCACCGUCUUGCCCGCGAACUUGCCUCCGGGAGAAGAGGCUGACACGACCCCCGUCAGCGGUGCCUCGCCUGCUGGGUUUAGCAAGAUGGACCUCCUGCCGACAGACACCCUGUGGAUUGGCGGAGCUCCCCCUCGGGCACAGAACGUCAUGAAAGCCAAGAAGUUCGCCGGCUGCCUCCACACGGUCUUCAUCGACGGGGAAAACAUUGGCCUGUGGAACUUCACGGAAUCCGAAGGCUGCGGCGCCUGUAACGAAGGGGAAAAGCUGGUCCUGCGCCAGACGAACGAAAUCGCCGUGGGCUUCAACGGGAAAGGCUACUUCAAGGGCACCAACAGGAUACGGCGACCCAAGCAGUACUACUCGACGGUGCUCGCCUUCAAGACGCUGGAUGAGGACGCGCUGCUCUUCCUGGCUGUGAACGAGGCCAAGAACCAAUACUUCAGCAUCUCCCUGGACAACGGCCACGUGGUGUUCACGGUGCAGUUCGACCGCCAGACGCGCCUCAUCAUGAAGUCUGGCAAGAAACACAAUAACAACGAGAUGAUUCAGAUUCAGGCGAUCGUCCAGAACAAGGCCAUGGGAGGAGCUCGUAUGGGCAGGCUGGUGGUGGGCGACCAAGAUCAGCUGGGCACCGUCAAGGGAGGCCCUGACCUUGACCUCUCCUACGUGCCCUACUACUUCGGAGGCGUCGACCCCGAGUUCGACAGGAACAGAUGGGGCAGUGAGUUAGUCCUGCGAUCUCUCCUGGGCUGCAUGGGACGGCUCAGUGUGUUGGACGAAGGCAAGAAUCCUCUGACAGAUGGACAGUUCUACGGUAUUGAGAACACUUGCUCGGAGAAACCUUUGAAUGAGGUUGGCUUCCUGGGACAAGGCUUCGUGGAGCUUCCCUCCCACGUCCUGAAACGCGAGUCCAACUUCGGCUUCACUUUCCAGACCAUGGAAUCCGAUGCCCUCCUGAUGCUGUCGACCUUCGUGGGGCAGGACAAUGAAACAGAAGGAGAUAUGUCAGCACCCACCACCACCACCACAACCACAACACCCACUCCCCUGGAGCCGGGCGAGGUCCACCCCCCUGACUUCUACUCGGUGUCGCUCGUCGAGGGGCACUUGGAUAUCCAGCUCAACGGAGGAACAGGGAUCGAGAGAAUCAUGUCUGCCGAGAAGUUUAACGACGGUCAAUUGCACUCCAUCUCCGUCAUCAAGGAAAAUAGAAGAGUGACCCUGAAAGUCGACGACCGAGAAGUCAACAGCACGCGACUGGAUCGCGGGGGGCAAGUGCUCUACGGCCCCAACACGGGAGGCCUCUACUUCGGCGGAGUUCCUCAGGGCCUCGACAUCGUGACGAUGGUCGGUUCCUCCAGCCCCUUGAAGGGUUGCAUUCGGGACGUCAUCGUGAACAACAAGGUGCUGCGUUUCAAUCAGCCAAUUCAGUUCCAAAAUGUGUACAUUGGAAGGUGUGCUGACGUACCAGCUACAGCCAUGCAAGGAAUGGAAGGAGAUAUGAAGGUGAUCGACUCGUGCAUGCCCCCCACGCAGCACACGGUAGAGUACAGAGCCCUGAAGUUCGGCGACAAGUUGGACUCCCACGUCAUGAUUCCUCUCGACCGAAACACGUUCAAGAAGGACUUCAAUAUAUCCUUCGAAUUUAGGACCUAUUAUCCCAAUGGCUUGUUUUUCUUGGCCUCGCACACGAGGAAGAAGCAGACGCAGACCCUUCUGGCGCAGCUGAAGAACGGCAGGGUGACGGUGACCAUGAAGAGGAGGAAGAAGGAGAGCCAGAUCGUUUCGGGCCCGGGACUCAACACGGGAAGGUGGAGGAAGGUGAUCAUCCGCAAGGCCAAGAAGCGCAUGUGGCUGACCGUGGACAAUCAGCUGAUCAAGAAGGUGAAGGCUCCUCGCAAGUUCAACGUGGGGCAGGAGCUGUUCCUGGGCAGCGUGCCGUCCAACGUAGCGAGGCCGGAGGACGUGCAGAUCACAGAAACACUUCGCGGUUGCCUCCGGAAUCUCAACAUCAACGAGGAGGAGUUCGAGAUCCCGAGCAACAGAAGGGCGGACAGGAUCGUGGGCGUAGGGCAGUGCUUCGCCAGCGUGCAGCCGGGAUCCUACUUCCCAGGGGACGCCUAUGCUAUCUACAGCAACAGCUUCAACGUGGGCGCCUUGCUGGAGCUUCGGCUGGAGUUCCGGACGUGGGAGCUGAACGGCAUCAUCCUCUCCGUGGCGGACCCGACGGGCGCGGCGCUGUCGCUCGAGAUGGUCAACGGCGCUGUGGUGCUGAGCGUGAACAUGGGCGUGGGCCACUCCUUCAGCGCCCGCGUCAGCCUCAAGAACAAGUUCAGUCUGUGCGACAACAAGUGGCACACCGUCAAGGCCAACUACGUCAAGGACUCGCUCACUCUGCGCGUCGACAAGCACCGCGAGGCCUACGGCUUCAACGGCUCCAACAACGAGAAGGGGACGGUCACCGACGCGCCGUUGUUCGUGGGGGGGCUGCCAGAAUCGGCUCCCCAGGGCACCCUCGCCACCAGAGAGAACUUCAAAGGCUGCAUUCGCAACAUCGUGAUGAACAGCGAGCGGAGGGACUGGACGGACAUGUUCCAGCUGCAGAACGUGCUGUUAAAUGCCUGUCCUGUGCUAUGAUGAAAAUGACCCGCUUAUUUCUUGGGCUUAAUUUUCUUUUUGCAUAUUUAUAACUCGGGGCACAGGCGGUUUGGGCAGUGCGUGACUUGGCUGCUGAUUUUACCAUGAAAAGAAAUUCUACGAUAUAAAAAAUCUUUUAAGAUGUGUGUAUAUACACAUAUAUGUACAUAUAUGUAUAUUAUAUAUAUAUAUAUAUAUAUAUAUAUAUAUAUAUAUAUAUAUAUAUAUAAUAUAUAUAUAUAUAUAUAUAUAUAUAUAUAUAUAUAUGUAUGUGCAUACAUAUAUAGUGCAUAAUUGUUUUAGUGAAUUUGACAAAUAAUGUGUUUGGAUUCCAUUGCAGUCAGAGUAAGUUUAACGUAACCCGAUGUAUUUUUCCUUACAAUAUGUUAAUAUAUUGUGGUCCCUCGUAAUUAGUACAUAAAACGUAUUUCAUAUCAGAGAAUAGGCUUGAUCCUGAUGUAAUAACAUGUUUUUGUUUAGCUUUUUGUUUUGGAAAUAUCAGUUAAAUGAACUGAAAAAGAGAAAACGUCAUAUUUUUUAAAUAACAAUUUUUUGUGUAUGUCACAAAUGCGUGUAUGUUAGUUUAACUUUCUACUUUUAAUGAAAAGAGAGAAGUGCUUCAUUUUUGGUGCCAUUAUUCUCGUAUUUUUACCACGUUUAUUAUUACUUUUAUUAUUAUUAUUAAUUAUUAUUAUUAUUAUUAUUAUUAUUAUUAUUAUUAUUAUUAUUAUUAUUAUUAUUAUUAUUAUUAUUAUUAUUAUUAUUAUUAUUAUUAUAUUAUUGCGAAUGCAGUAUAUAAAAAAAAAAUUAUGAAUAAAUCUCAUAAAUGUCCAAGAAAAAAUGUUCCCAAAACCGCAGACUCUAAUAACGUUUGAAUGUCAUUUUGAAAAAUUAAUAUAACACAAAAUAACGAGGAAUGUCAUGACAGCUUCUUGUAAACUUAAGGUUAAACGCGUAUCGUGAUUAAGCAGAAUUCCUGUUGUUACUUGACUAAACCAGCACAGUGUAUUUGCUUCCGUGUCAGAAAUUCGUCUGUGAGAAGGAGAAGAAAUAGUAGAUUAUCUUUUUUUUGAAGAUUAUGCUUAACUGUGGCUGCUGUAUUUUUAAUAGUAGUUCAUAUUUUAGCUAAACGUUUGGACUUGUCUCCUGUACUUACCUUUGUGAAUAAGUGUAAUAUACGAACGAGUGUCUUAGCAUUCGUUAGACAUGAAUGGAAUGUAAUAUACUAGGCAGCAUUGUGUGUUAUUUGUGUAUAUACUGACUGCUGAGAGAAAUAUUAGAUGUACUUAUGAUUCACCAGGAACUAAGAGGUAAUUCACUUGUUAAGUGAUAUGUGUGGGAGAUUUAAAAAAUGCUUUUUAAUAAAGUGGAACAGAUUUGCCUUCUA